UGCGUCACAUGCCAGGAGGGGGGUUUUCUCCAGUGACGAUAAGGCCGAGGAGCGGAGCAGUCUGCCACAGACAAGGGGAAGAAAGGCUGAGACUGGUACGGACGGUGCCGUCUGGCUACAAUAGAAAACAAAAGCGGAGCGGUCUGUUCGAGCAUUAAAAAGCUUUUGGAUUAUAUACCUCGUUACUCUAAUGGUGCUCGGAUACCUGGUUUACUGAUCAGGUCCACGCUAGCUAGAGCCAUGAGCGGUCUACUGAAGAGGAAGUUUGAGGAGGUCUAUGACGAGGACCAGUGCUACUCCUCGUCUUCCUCAGCCUACUCCGGAUGGGACUCGGAGGGGGAGAGCUGCUACUCAGACACCCUUGACUCAACACCCAGCAACCCUGGCUCUCCAGACGCACAUUGCAACACCAAGUCCAUCCUGAAGAAGGCUAAGCGUGAACGGCUAGUGCGGGGCAACGUGACCUUUGACAUGGUGACAGUGUAUCUCUUCCCGCGGUGCCAGGGCUUCAGCAGCGUGCCCAGUAGAGGGGGCUGUUCCCUGGGCAUGACGCAGCGCCACAGCGCCCUCCGCAGGUUCACCCUGGAUGAGUACACUGUGGAGCAGCGCAUCCUCCGCCGGGAGAAACUCCUCAACCAGCUCCGAGAGGAGAAACUAGACGCUCUCAAACAGAAGCUGACUAAGGGAGGCACGGUGGAAUCGGAGGAGGCUGACCGCCUCACCGUGGAAGACAUCCCAGAGGACGAGAUGGACAUCAGCAGCUAUAACCUAGACGACGGAUCCUUCCUCCACCCUUACCCCUCCAAGCGGAGACACGCCCUGCUGAAGGCCUCGGGGAUGAAGGUGGAUAAGGAGGAGAAGAGGCAGCUCCAGCAGCUGAGAGUGUCCAGGGAGGACUGUGGUUGUGACUGCCAGGGUUUCUGCGAGCCCGAGACCUGCGCCUGCAGCCUGGCAGGCAUCAAGUGUCAGAUGGACCACUCGUCAUUUCCCUGCGGCUGCACUAAGGAUGGCUGCAGUAACCACGAAGGUCGUAUAGAGUUCAACUCCAGCCGGGUUCAGACCCACUACAUCCACACCAUCAUGAAGCUAGAGCUGGAGAAGAGACUGGAGGAGACGUCUGGACCAGAGGAAGAGGACCCGGGAGAGACCACCCCAGCCCCGACCCCGGACCACGCCCACAACCCCCUGUCCGACCUCCCCUCCAUCCCAGACCGCCCUUCCUCCUCCUACUUCAGCUCAGAGCUGGUGGCGGUCGAGGAGAACAGCUGCAGCAGCGACAUGACAGACUCCUCUGCUUCCUCGGGAGGGAGUGAUGACUCAGAGGAAAGGCCGGGGUUAGGCCGUGAGGACGACGUGGAUGAAAACGGACUGAGACGCAUCCUCAGCUUCGGCGACAACGACUAUAACGUAAACAACUACGUUGUUAAUGGCAACCGCUGUUGCCCCGAGCAACGGCUACAGCGGCAGGCGUCGCCCGCGACGACGACGACAACCUGGAUGUCGGGAGGGUUUAGCGCGGCGGUCUUCCCAGAGGAGAAGGACGAUCUCGAGGUGCGCAGAGACAACCGGGCCAUGGCCAUGUCACAGCUGUUAGAUGAUAGUGGUAACCGAGGCAACUGUCUGUUCCACCACAGCGGCUGCAGAAUCUCUAACCCCCCAUCCCUCUCCGUAGACUGCCCCAACGCCCCAUCUCCCUCCGUAGACUGCCCCAACGCCCCAUCCCCCUCCGUAGACUGCCCCAACGCCCCAUCUCCCUCCGUAGACUGCCCCAACGCCCCAUCCCCCUCCGUAGACUGCCCCAACGCCCCAUCUCCCUCCAUAGACUGCCCCAACGCCCCAUCCCCCUCCGUAGACUGCCCCAUCACCCCAUCUCCCUCCAUAGACUCCCCCAACGCCCCAUCCCCCUCCGUAGAUGGCACCGCUGCCAGCUACAUGGACCUCAGCUUGUCCUCAGAGUCUGACCUGGAGUUCUUUGAUGGUUUCUGUCUGGGUCCUUCCUCCUUCUACAACUCCCUGACGGAGUACCAACACAUGGACAACUUCUUUCACUUCCAGUUGCCUAGUUACCCCGGCAGCCAAUCACAGGCCAGCGACCCCGGGACCUGCCUGCUGGAAUCUCUGAUUGGUCUGUCAGAAUUUGACCCAGAACCCCCUGCAACGUUCACAGACAAUCAGUUGUUGGAAGAAGCCGUCAGGGGUUAACUAAGGGGAUCUGAACCGCCAACUGUGUUCUGGACUAUGUAGUGAGUUAGCGGGAGAUGGGAGUCAAUGUAAACAGACUUCUGUUGGAAGAAGCUGUGAUUUCUCUCUUGCCUUCCAAAUGUUAGCAAAGUAGUUGAUAAUUACAGCUAUAUGAAAUGGCAGCUAACGUUUCAGUUGGUAAUUACAGCUAUAUGAAAUGGCAGCUAACGUUUCAGUUGGUAAUUACAGCUAUAUGAAAUGGCAGCUAACGUUUCAGUUGGUAAUUACAGCUAUAUGAAAUGGCAGCUAACGUUUCAGUUGGUAAUUACAGCUAUAUGAAAUGGCAGCUAACGUUUCAGUUGGUAAUUAUCGCCAUAUGAAAUAGCAGCUAACGUUUCAGUUGGUAAUUACAGCUAUAUGAAAUGGCGGCUAACAUAUCAUAAAAGUGAGAUUAAAAUAGGUAAUUUUCUACAUUGUAGAAUAAUAGCGAAGACGUCAAAACUAUGAAAUAACACUUGUUGGGUUUUAUUUAUCGCUAAAUGUCAACCUCAGAAACCAAGAAUAGUACAGCUGGGUAUUAAUGAAUACUCUGAGAAACCAAGAAUAGUACAGCUGGGUAUUAAUGAAUACUCUGAGAAACCAAGAAUAGUACAGCUGGGUAUUAAUGAAUACUCUGAGAAACCAAGAAUAGUACAGCUGGGUAUUAAUGAAUACUCUGAGAAACCAAGAAUAGUACAGCUGAAAAUGGCAUUCAAAACACAUAUAACUGUUAUAUAUUAUUAUUAUUAUUUAAAUUUAUUUCUUUUAUGAUUUUCUAUUUAUUUUCAGAUAAAAACCUACUAAAGCUAUGCUAAAACUGUAGUUUGAUAUUUAUAACCUGGAAGUGCAAUCUUUCCCUAUGUGUCCCAAAUAGCACCCUAUUCCCUAUAUACUGUAGCCCCCUAUGGGCUCUGGUCUAAAAUAGUGCACUAUAUAGGGAAGAGGGUGCCAUAGGGCUCUGGUCUAACGUAGUGCACUAUAUAGGGAAUAGGGUGCCAUUUGGAACUGAAUCCGUAUUAGACAUAGUCGGCAAUAUGGGAUUAUAUAAAAUAAAAAAUUGGGAAAGUAUUUCAUAUCUGUUCUCUUAUCGUUUAAACAACAUUUUGGUUAAAUUAUUUUAGUAGUUUGAUCUAAUUUACGACAUGUUGGGCAAUAAGAGAUGUUGUUUACUCAGGAGGGCUAUGGCCCAAUCCCAAAUCAAUCCCUAAACCCUACGCCAUUGUGGAGAUCUGAGGUGAUUUGAUUGGUAUAAGCAAUAUAAUGACACUUCCACCUAGCCUAUCAGAGCGCAAGGGGGAGCUAUUAUUAACAUAUUGACUGCACCUGUCAAAUCCAAAUCGUCUCUCCACACGUGUGUAGGGUUGAGGGGUCGAUUCGGCCAGCGUCUAGCCAUCUCUACUAGGCCAGCAGCACAGUGCUUCUGUUUGAGCUGUACUGUGUAACAUUCCUAUUUUAUAAAUCAAAAUGUACAAUUCUGGGUCUGCUGUAGAUACUGCUAUCUAUAAUUUUACCAUAGAGAUUCGCUCUAAUAUUUUAUAAAUCAUUUGUGUAGAUUGAAAGAAAGAAUUCUAAAUCUGUGUCACUGAAUAAUUUCAUAAUUUCAUUACUAAGAAAAUGCAAAUUGCGUAUUAUUUUUUUUUUUUAAAUAUUGAAACCUUUUUAAUAGAUAAAUUGUAAAUAAAUGUAGACUUAUUAUGAAAGCUUUUGCUCUCCAGUAUUUUUCAUAGAACUAUGGACUAUGAAAUGCCACUAAAACAAAAUGAAUUAGAAAGAUAUCCCUCUGAUUGUUGUGACUGAGACGCCAUGAUAUUUUUAAAACAAUUUUUUUUUUUUUUUAUGGAUUUAAAACUGCAUAUAAAUUAUGCAGAAAGACUCAGAAAGUUGUGUGUUUUACCUCAUGAAGUCCUCAAGCAGACCUUUUGAACAUAACAACGGCCGGGAUGCUGUGAUGACGAUAAGGAACUCAGCUCUGAUCUGUAUGCUGUUUCUACAGCCGGCCCCAUUCACACCGUCUCUAUACGAUCUGAUGUACUGUAUACUUUAAACAGUGGAAAUGUAUUCUUCUGUGAUCUGCCUUCAUUUGCUUACGUUGAGAUCAUCUCAUUGAGAAAAAAAAAAAACCCUAAGGCAACAGAACACAGCUUCUCUGGUGUAAAUGCAUUAAUAAUCUAAAUACAGAUAUGGGUAACUAUGGGUAUUUAUUACAUUCUUGAAUGGAGAUCAAACCAGAGCAGUUUUUUUAAAAAUAAUUUUUCACUCGUUGUCACUCUGUUUUUAAAAAGCUGUUCAUUUCAUCCAAGUCCCUUUUUUGACAGUUUGUCCCUUCAAAAAAAAUCCAAAAUAAAACAUUUUCUUAAAUGCUCGA